UGUUUCUUGAUAGGACCAGCAGGGGGGGUGUGACUUCGUCGAAAGAGCUCAAGGUAUCUUCUGUAACAGGGUGCAUGAGGCAGCCCCAGAAGGGCCACACGUCCGGGAGUGAGGCGAGGAAGUGCGUGAACGACAGAGCGAAAAGCAGCUGAAACAAACUGAAAAAGAGGAAAGAAGUUAUGUCUCUUCAGCCAUGGACUUACGUUCAGAGUUGCUUAAGUCCAUUUGGUACGCUUUUACUGCUCUGGAUAUAGAGAAGAGUGGAAAAGUGUCGAAGUCCCAGCUAAAGGUCCUGUCCCACAACCUCUGCACAGUCCUCAGCAUCCCCCAUGAUCCCGUUGCUCUGGAUGAACACUUCAGAGAUGACGAUGACGGACCGGUGUCCAACCAGGGCUAUAUGCCCUAUCUCAACAAGUAUAUCCUCGACAAGGUGGUGCACGGGAGUUUUGUGAAGGAGGAUGUGGACAACCUGUGUUGGACACUGACUGCCAAGAAGAACUAUCACCAUGGCGACAUAAAAAUACUGCCGAAAGAGGAUGCUUUUCGUCUCUGGUGCCUGUUCAACUUUCUGUCAGAAGACAAGUACCCCCUGGUCAUGGUACCAGAGGAGGUCGAGUACUUGCUCAAGAAGAUUUUCAUGGCCAUGAGUACGGAGCUCAACUGUGUGGAAUUGGAGGAUUUCCUAUCCCAGGAGUCAGUGGUACAAAACGGAUUCACAGUGUGGGCAUUCCUUACGAUGAUGAACUCUGGGAAGAUGACCAGGGGUAUCGCUAAGGAAAUAAUCAGCAUGGCAGUAGAAGAGGUUUACAGAGAAAUAGUUGGAAAUGUGCUGAAAGAGGGAUACCUGUGGAAGAAAAGCCAGUUGAGGAGGAACUGGAAAGAGCGGUGGUUCACACUGAAACCCAGCAGUCUUUCAUACUACACAAGUGAGGACCGCAAGGACUGCAAGGGCAACAUCACGCUGGACAUGAACUGCUGUGUGGAGGUAUUACCAGACCGAGAUGGAAAGAGGUGUAUGUUCUGUCUGAAAACGAUCUCAAAGUCUUAUGAGAUGAGCGCCUCUGACACCAGACAGAGGCAAGAGUGGACGUCAGCCAUUCAGACGGCCAUCCGGCUGCAGACGGAGAGCAAGACGUCGCUGCAUAAGGACCUAAAGCUUAAACGGCGCGAACAGCGCGAGCAGAAGGAGCAGCAGCGCAAGGCCAAGGACCAGGAGCUGCAGCGGCUUCAGGCUCUGCAGGAGGAGAAGCAGCGCAAGCUGGCCGAGCUGGAGCUCCUGAAGGAGGCGCAGAGGCAGGCGCAGGCCCUGAUGGAACAGGACGAGGUGCGGAGGCGCCAGCAGUACGAGCAACUGCAGCAGGGCCUGGAGGUGCAGCUCCGUGACGCCGAGGAGGCUCGGGCCACCAUGCAGGCAGAGAUGGUUCUGAAGGAGGCCGAGGCGGAGAAGCAGCGCCAGCGCAUCCUGGAGCUGGAGGAUAUGCAGCAGCAGCUGGAGGAGGCCCUGCAGCAGGAGAUCAAAGCGCGCCAGGACGAGGAGGCCUUCCGCUACGCUCAGGCCAGGUUGCUCUCUGAGGAGGAGGAGAAGAUGAAGGCUCUGAUGCUGCUGCAGGAGGAGCAGGAGGACUACAUCCAGACGACACAGCGGGAAAAGCAGGAGCUCCGUCAGGAGAUGGAGAACAAGUCCCGCUCUCUGGACGAGGCCCAAAAGCAGCUGGAGGAGGUGCGCGCCAACCGGCACCGGGUGGACCAGGACGUGAUGGCUGCCCAGAGAAAGCUCCGACAAGCAAGCACCAAUGUAAAACACUGGAAUGUUGAAAUGAACAGAUUAAUGCAUCCCAUUGGCCCUGGAGAAAAGCGACCCUCGGGUGGAGGCUCUUUCUCCAGCUUCAAAAUCCCCUCCCAGAAGGACCCAGGUCUUCGGCUGCGUCAGAAGUCAGAAGAGCCGGAUGAGGAGAGUAAAGAGAACGUGAACCGCAGCACAGGACAUGAGGAAGAGAGACGCCUCUCCCAGUCUUUUAAUGGCAAAAUGGACAUGGACAUACCGUGAGAAGCUACAUCUGCGAGUAACAACCUGCAGCUAGGAAGAACAACAUCCACUGUGCAUCUUUCAAACCUCUUUGGACUAAUUUAGUUUUGGGACAGACUUGAAUCUGAAAUGACCAGCAUAAUUCCACUAUUCUAAUGUGAGGAAGAGAAGCACUUCAACCAUGCUGUCAAAAGCAUUGCAUUCACACUGUGAAAUAUGUACAGUUAUUUCACACUGUGAAAUAUGUACAGUUAUUUCACACUGUGAAAUAUGUACAGUUAAGCUUUGUCUUUGUGAUGUAGCUUUUAAACUAUUGUUGCUAAUUUGACUUAUUUUCUAUAUGAGAUAAAUAUUACAUUCAUAGUUUGUGUAAGGAUAGCACACUGUGAAAUAUGUACAGUUAGGCUUUGUCUUUGUGAUGUAGCUUUUAAACUAUUGUUGCUAAUUUGACUUGAGAUAAACAUUACAUUCAUAGUUUGUGGAAGGAUAGCAUUGGCUAACAGCGCAUGAAGUAUCUACUCUCAGCCAAUAAACUGAGUUAUUUGCACUGCA